CGCCGUCAGCUGUUUUGCGUUUUGAGCAUCACCGAGAGGGGCUACGGAAGACACCGGCUGAACGACAUCGCUUCGACUGCGGCUCAGGUGCUCAGGGUACAGGAUGGAGUUCAAGCAGCUGGUGGAUACCGCGGAGAAAUGGUGCACAGGCAAUCCAUUCGACCUCAUCUUCGCCGAGGAGGACGACGAGAGGCGUAUGGAUUUUUACGCCGAACCUGGGAUAUCAUUUUAUGUUCUUUGCCCAGACAACAUGACGGGCGGCACAGACAAUUUUCAUGUGUGGAGUGAGAGUGAAGACUGCCUUCCGUUCCUGCAGCUGGCUCAGGACUACAUCUCCUCCUGUGGCAAGAAGACCCUUCUGGAGGUCCUGGACAAGGUCUUCAGGUCAUUCAGGCCUCUCCUGGGUCUUCCAGACAUGGACGAGGACACCUUUGAGCAGUACCAUGCGGACAUGGAGGAGGAGGCCGAGACAGACCAUCAGCAGAUGGGUGUCAGCCAACAGUGAUAGGAGCCCCUGCAGUGCGGAGAAGAGAAACUCCCCCCUCCCCACCACACCACACCACACCACAGUACACGUUGCAGUGUCAACUCAACACUUAAGAGAGUAGAUCCAACACUGUCUUAAUUGUUGCGUUUAACACUGUAAAAUUUACUGUGCAUCCUGGAGUAACUCCCCUCCCACCACACCACACCACAACACCACAGUACACGAGGCAGUGUCAACUCAACACUUAAAAGAGUAGAUCUAACACUGUCUGUGUUCAAAUUUUGAUUCUCUUAAUUGUUGAGUUUAACACGGUAAAAUUUACUGUGCACCCUGUCCCAUGCCAA